AUGGCUCUCCAGGCCGACGAGGAACUAUUCAAGAGUGCCAUCUCUGGGUAUCGCGAUGCAUUUUUGGUUCGGCACUCCCACCUUCCGGAAUCCGAGCGCAAUAGGCUCUGGAGCCAACAACUCAGCCAGUUCAUCCCCGUCGACCAAGAAGACGCUGCGCUUGGGAAACCUGGCAAACGGACUCGACAGGAUGCCACCCCGCGGACACUCCCUGGUUCUGGCCCUCCGCAGGCAAAACGACGAGCCACCGUAUGUGUGACCUUGGUCUCUUGCUCCUCCUCUUCCCACUCCUCCACUGUCCCGUCCUCUCCUGCACUUCUUCCCUCCCAUCGCCAGCCCAGGAUUGACAAUUGGCAGAGCCCGGAUCUCCCCGUGACCCAUGAACUGCGGCGCGCACUUUCGCAAUCGUCCCCUCGGGAUGCGCCCCGACAGGGUGCGCCGCUCUCGAACACAGGCCAAGGCUCCUCUUCCUAUCGACACACGCCCAUGGUGCGCUCGCAGAGCCAGCAGAUCCCCGUCUCUUACCGGCACCCGCCGGCUGGGGUGACUAUGGGCAAGCGACAAUCCUUCGGACCGGGCCAAACGAAACGUCUCGAUCAUGUCGAUGAAUAUUCGCCGUCCGAAUAUGCGAAGCACUUGGAUGACCCCGACAACCAGCCCCAGCCCUACAGAUCCGCUCUGUCUCUGGGGCUGGCGACUGGAUCGACUGGACCGACCCCAUCUCCGGUAGCUGCAGCUGCAACAUCUGGUGUAUACCACUCUGGACAGGCAUCCCCCCCCGGCUGA